AUGACCUUCUGGCCAAAGCUCCUAGCGGCUCGGUUCACAAAAGAGGCUUUGAACAUGGUCUACUCGGAUUCAAUGUCCCCAUCCUCCCUCGGGAAGUGUGAGAAGUUCUUCCAAAGGAAGUCAGGAGUUGUCAGCAGAGCCCUGAAGUGGCUGUUCUGCACAGCCUGGCAUAACUCUGUGGAAAUUGCACCCCCUGGUCAGGCGUCCCUCUGCAUCAGAAAGCACCUGAGGCUCCGGGGCGAUGCCUCCAGGAAAGAGACCCGGCGUACAGCGAGCUCAGAGCAGACUGUGGAGGUUUUGGAGGGCUUGACGACGAUGAUGAAGAAGAGCAUGACAAUGUCGAUGAGGGGUCGAGACGACCUGCGGCAGGACGCGGUGAUGCAGCAGGUGUUCAGCAUGUGCUCCAUGCUGCUGCAGCGCAACACGGACACCCGCAAGAGGAAGCUCAACAUCAGACGAUACAAGGUGGUGCCGUUCACACAGCGUAGCGGCGUGUUGGAGUGGUGUUCUGGCACUGUGCCGAUCGGGGAUUUUCUGCUGGAUCCCAUUAAAGGAGCCCACAAACGCUUCCGACCUCGGGACCCGACCAACCUGGCCUGCCGCAAGAAGAUGAUGGAGGCUCAGAAGCUGGCGUUCGAUGGGAAGCUCCAGGCCUACAGCGAGGUGUGCAAGAACUUCCGUCCGGUCUUCAGGUAUUUCUGCAUGGAGCGAUUCCUGGACCCCGCCGUGUGGAUGGAGAAACGGCUGGCUUACACUCGCAGUGUGGCCACUUCUUCUAUAGUUGGCUACAUCGUGGGCCUGGGUGACAGACACAACCAGAAUAUUCUGGUUGACGAGCAGACUGCCGAACUGGUGCACAUCGAUCUGGGUGUGGCCUUUGAGCAGGGGAAGAUCCUCCCCACCCCCGAGACUGUCCCCUUCAGGCUGUCCAGAGACAUCGUGGAUGGGAUGGGCAUCACUGGAGUGGAGGGGGUUUUCAGGAGAUGUUGUGAGAAGACGAUGGAGGUGAUGAGGAGCUCCCAAGAAGCUCUGCUGACUAUUGUCGAGGUGCUGCUGUAUGACCCUUUGUUUGACUGGACCAUGAACCCGCUGAAGGCCUUCUACCUGCAGCUCGACGAGCAGCAGGAGCUCAACGCAACGCUGGCCUCCACCAUGGGGGGGGAUGACGUAGACAACCACCGUAAAUCCAGCGACAGUCAAAACUUCAACAAAGUGGCGAAGCGGGUGCUGCUGAGGCUGCAGGAUAAGCUGAAGGGGGUGGAGGAGGGCACGGUGCUCAGCGUGGGGGGGCAGGUGAACCUGCUCAUCCAACAAGCCAUGGACCCCAAAAACCUCAGCAGACUCUUCCCCGGCUGGCAGGCCUGGGUGUAGGCUCUUAUAUAUUCCUCUAAGCUGCACUGACGCUGGUUACAUUUUUUGUGAAGACAUUUUCUUCGUCUCCUCUGCGCAAUCGGUACAGGCGUUUUGCUCUUCGCUUGAGCCAGGAAUACUGUCCCUACAUAGUUUAAUAAAAGCAAUGGAUACUAUGCAAAUGAGCUACAGAAUAUAACACGGUGGAACAAGUUCCUUGGUUACUUAUAUAUUCCUCUUUGGGCCAUCUGCAAUUGAAAGGCUGUUAAUUUUCAGACUAAACACAAAGAGAUUAACAUUUUUGUCUUGAAUUAUUCAUUUCUGCUGCCAUUUGCACUUUGAUAGAGCAUCAAUUCAAUUUGGCAGAUUGCAUGCACUGAUUCUUGGGAAACUUUUUUUUUUGUUACUGAAAAUGGAAUUUAAAAAGACCAAUGAACUGUGGUGCUGAGAUGAGUCCGACAUGUAUAUGUAAUGUGAGCUUUUUUUCUGUAUUUUAGCCGAUGGGAUGUGAAUGUUUUACUACCUUUUUUUGUCAUAUGAAGUUAUUAAGUUUUGCCAAUGACUUCACCAUGAACGCACGCCUUAUGAAUGUGUGGUGAGCCUUAUCCGGAGGAAAGUUAGUUUCAGUUUCACUACUGUUACUAUUAAAAAAGUGAA